GUGAACUUCCAUAUAAUGAAGCUCUCCUUAUAAUGAACUGGUUUCGAAGACACUGCUUUUUCGUUGUACUUUCGGUGUAUUUUUGUCUCCUUAUAAUGAAUUUCUAUAUAGUGAAGUUUUCUAUAUAAUGAACAAAUUUUACAGCUGGAAAUUCAAGCGUCCUAAGUUUUUGUCUCCAUAUAGUGAAUUUUUUCAAAAGUUUUCUGUUGCAAAAAAUUACAGUUAGAUGUGGACAAACUGUAAUGAGGGGAAUCCCAAAAUUAAAACAGAAAAAGCUGAGCUAUUACAGUUUUAUUCAGUGAUUGAAGUUAAAAUGCCGCAUCGAAGCAGCAUUUCGCUUGAAAAAAAGUUAUUAAUGAUUAACAAAGUUAAUGAAGGAAAGAAAAAAAAAAAGAUAUUGUCAAUGAAUUCGGAGUUCUUCCCAGCACUUUAUCAAAUAUUAUAAAAAAUAAGGAAGUGAUUUUAAAAACUGCGGAGGAUUUGGCAGUAAAUACCAAACGCGAAAGACUUCGACCUUGUCAUUUUGAGGAUAUUGACGAAGCAAUAUGAGGCAAGUACAGGUUGGUUAGACAAGUUCAAAAGUCGGCAUGGCGUUAUUCAAAAGACAUUAUGUGGGGAAAGUGCUGACGCCAACAUAGAAAACCGUGAUGAAUGGGUAACGAACGUCUUACCGAAAUUAAUUGAAAAUUACAACAUUAACGACAUUUUUAAUGCCGACGAGACUGCUUUGUUUUUCAAAUGCUUGCCAACUAAAACACUGGCAUUCAAAAAUGAAAAAUGCUUUGGUGGGAAGCAAAGCAAGGAGAGAAUAACUGUCCUGGUGGGAAGCAAUAUGACUGGAUCAGAAAAGCUAAAAUUGCUGGUAAUCGGAAAGGCCAAAAAUCCGAGGUGCUUCAAGGGAAUAAAAUCUUUAGGUGUCGAUUAUGAGUUUAACAAAAAAACAUGGAUGACCAGUGAGAUUUUUACGAAAUGGAUUGUAAAACUCGACAAAAAAUUUUGUGACCAAAACAGAAAGGUGUUGUUUUUUGCACUGCCCACCCUAAAGAUGUAAGAGACAAGUUGAGAAACAUUCAUCUCGCUUAUUAUCCUCCCAACAUGACUUCGUUACUGCAACCAAUGGACCAAGGCAUUAUCUACAACAUGAAACAGUAUUACAGAAAACGAAUUUUAACGAAUAUAUUGACUCAAGUGGAUGAGGGAAAUUCUGUUAUGGCCAUAGACUUGCUGCAAGCAGUUCGAAAUCUUAGCAAUGUAUGGAAUGUCUAUGUUAAACCAGAAACAAUUGCCAACUGUUUUAAAAAGGCUGGAUUUUCAAAAGAUGCUAUGCAGAUUCCAUUUGAGCAUUGGGAUGAAGAGGAUCUUCUUUCAAUAUGGGAUUUGGCUGCUUUACAGUCUUCAUUUAAAAAAGUAGCAAAUAUCGAAGCAUCGUUUGAUGACUACGUAAAUGUUGAUAAUGGUGUGCAGACUUGGGACAACCCAUCCGAAGAAGAUAUUCUCAACAGCAUUUUUGAAAGUCGCGGAGUUCCAGCUGAACCUGAUAACGAUGAACACGAUUUGACCGUUGAAGAAUUGGCAGAAACUGAGGAGGCAUUACCUACGUUGAUACAAGCUGCUUCAUCCAUUAGCGUAAUUAGAACCUUUGUGGAAAUGAGGAGUGACGUGCCGCUUCAUGUUUUCAACUCUCUACAUGAUUUGGAAGCUUUUAUUGAAAAUGAGAAAUGGAAGACUGUAAUUCAAACCAAACUCACUGAUUAUUUUAAAUAAAAUUACAUAAAAAAUCAAUGUUUCUUUAUAAUGAAGUUUCUAUAUAGUGAAGUGAUUUUUAGGUCCCGUGCGAAUUCACUAUAUG